UUCGUUCAAUCGGUUAGUAACGCUAACAGGAAGAAGCAGUUUGGUCCUAGGUUCGUCUUCCAAAGAAGUGUGCCUUUGAAAAGCAGUGGCUAAACGUUUACCGGCACAAAAGGGUAGUCGUUUAGCGACAAGGAAGACAUGGCGUAUAGGAAGCAGGAGAGGAGCGCAGUGCACAGCUGACGGGCGUCCCAUUGGCAGUGAGAGACUGAACAGAUGGGUGUCCCUGAGAGGCUGUAACAGGAUGACAGCGCGUAGGCUCCAGACUUACAGCAAAGAGUCGAACGACAUGUCUGGUCAGGUGUGAGAUGGGAGAAGAGCACGGACGGUCAUCUCGGGGACGGUGAAAGAGGAGAGUCAAGCGGGCGUCACUUGGCAUGGUGAAAGACAAGAGACAAAAGAGGGAAGCUCCAUUUUAAAUCAAAAUGGUCCCACCAUGAGUCAUGUGAUAGCCAAAAGACCAAAAUUAUAAAUGUGAAAAGGAAACCUUGGAGGUGCUCUCUGGUAAAGGAUUCAAACAUGAACUUUCUUGAAGCAGAUGUUAUGGAGCAAAGGACAGCCUCUGUCAAAGAAGAGGAUUGUGAGUGGGACACAUUGUAUCAUGCACAGGAGUCGCUCAGCCUGAAACUGGAAGAAGUGGUGAUGAACCAGGAGGAGUAUGAGAUGGCAUCAACAAGCUUCAAAGUGGAGACUCCUGAGUGUGAAUUCUUCGAUCUUAAAAUGCAAAACCAUGAAAUUCUGAAUGUUUUACAGCAAGACGUGUUUUGCAAAAACGACUCAAGUUUAAGUCCAUGUCUAGCAUUUAAAGACGAGAUACUGUUGUCAUCGUUGAUGUCGCCUGUCUUCAAUAAUAACUUAACAGAGCUUGAUGAUGUGAUGCUGAAGGAGAUGUGUUAUAAGACAGAUGAGCAAACACGGAUCUGUGCUAAAGAAGCUGGGAAAUCAGAUCUAACAGAGAAGGACUGUGGCUCACUAGCAGCUUCCAAAUAUGGUCACAUAUCUGGGAAACUUGAAAUUCAGUGGGAAAAAACUGAUGAAGCUUUGAAAACUUCAACUAUCUCUACACCUGUUGACCCUGAAUCUUUUCUGUGCUGCUCUCUUCUUCUUGUGAAGAUGCCAAUGGAGGAUGUUGUCAGUCUUCACCAGCACCAACAGUGUACACCUUUGUAUGUGUGUCAAGUUUGUGGGAAAGUUUUUAACCAGGAAUUUGCUUCUAAAACUCAGGUUGUUCCUGCUGGAGUUAAACCAUAUGGCUGUAGUGAAUGUGGGAAACGCUUUUCUUUCAAGGGCAGUCUUCAAAAGCACAGACGAAUUCAUACAGGAGAGAAGCCAUAUUGCUGUACUGAAUGUGGUAAGAAAUUUUCACGCAGUGGUGUUCUUAGCAGGCAUAUAAGAAUUCACACUGGAGAGAAGCCAUAUACCUGCACUGACUGUGGCAAACGAUUCUCAGACAGAGGCCAUUUUCAGAGACACAAAAAAAUUCACACUGGAGAGAAGCCGCACUGUUGUACUGAAUGUGGUAAACGAUUCUCCAGAAUUGCUCAUCUUAAUACUCAUUCAAGAACUCACACUGGAGAGAAGCCAUAUAGCUGCUCUGAAUGUGGUAAACGAUUCUCACAAAUAAGCAACCUUCAGGUACACACAAACUCCCAUGCUGGAGAGAAGCCACACUGCUGUUCUGAAUGUGGCAAGCAAUUCUCACUAGUGAGCAGUCUUGAGAAACACAUGAGAAUUCACACCGGAGAGAAACCAUAUUGCUGUUCUGAAUGUGGGAAACAAUUCUCCUCCAAAAGCCAUCUACAAACACACCUAAAAUUUCACUCUGGAGAAAAACCCUACCCCUGUUCUGAAUGUGGCAAGCCAUUCUCACAAAUCAGUGCUCUUAAUAGACAUGUGCGGAUUCACACUGGUGAGAAGCCACAUUCAUGUUCUCAAUGUGGAAAGCUCUUCUCACAGAUUAGUGACCUUAAUAGACAUGCAAGAAUUCAUAUGAAAGAAAAGCUGUAUGCCUGUAGUGAAUGUGGUGAACUGUUCUCCACCAAAAGCCAUCUUCAGGAACACACAAAAUUGCACACUGACAGUCCUGCCAGCUUAUAUGCAUUUUGUGUUGAACGUACACAUUUUAAAGUCAACAUACGUGGGUAUGAUUAAUUAAUCAAGAGCAUUCAAAAUGGAAGAGGUUUUUAAGUGUUGAUUUGUAACAAAGAGCCCUUUAAAAAUGAAUUUGGAUGUUGGCACACAUUAGGCUGUUCUUCUUAUUUCAAGUUAGCGUCAAUGAGUCUGCUACUGCCACCUUGUACAGGACUAGUUACUACUUUGUGCUGGUGGGGUCAGGAGAGGCUCAACCUCCCUUGACCUGAGUUGCAUUAUUGUGGGUUUGAGUAUGUUAUGUUUUUAAAUCAGUCUUUGUUUCAUGAAUUGACGGUUAUGGUAUACACUAGUAAAGAAAAUUUGAAUGAGCAAACAA